UCAUCGCUGGAGGCGUAAAAUAAUUGAUAAAUCGAUUUCUUUUGUUACGACGCCAUCGACAGCGGUCUAUUAGUCUUCUUACCUUUCUCUCUAACGAGAACGAUCGAUCUUCUUUAAAAUACCGUUCUGGUAACGAGCAACGGGUCCGCCAUCUUAAACCAUUCGACGCGUUCAUUUGAAAACAAUUGUAGGCGAAAGUUUACCGCCACCAAAGCGAACUAUCAUUUCUGUGGCGAAAAUUUCUAGUCCAUUGUGCGUUAAUUAUAGUAUCUGGAUUACUAGUACGUACCCGAGAUGGGCAAUUGUAAGAAUUUCAAAGAAAGUCGAUUACACUCGAGAGUACUUUCAACCAAGCUGAGAUGGACGGUAAAUGCUUAUUUGACACCUGACACACUACGUCAAAAUAAUUUUAAUGAAAUUGUUAAGCUCGGUAACGAAAUUUCCGUAAACGAUUGGAAUGAAAUUGCAUUGUUGCACAAUGCCUAAAUUUAAAAAUGUCACGCACGUGAUUUUCGAUUUAGAUGGAACGCUCUUGGAUUCAGAGAAAGUAUACCUGGAAGCUUUGGCCAAAACGAUUGAGGAUUACGGAAAAAAAUACUGCUCAAAGAUAGCCGAAAAAGUGUCGGGCAGUGUUUUGGAGGAGACGUCCCGAAUUACGAGGGAACUGCUCAAGAUCAAUGCCAGCAAUGAGGAAUUUGCCGGAAAAUUUGCUGAUUACGCUCACGAAAAACUGGGCAAUUGCGAUCUAAUGCCUGGAGCGGAGAAGCUGGUGAGACAUUUUCACGCGAAUAAAAUACCAAUGGCAAUAGCGACGUCGUCCCACGAAGAAUCAGUUCGACACAAGUCGGAAAAACACAAAGAAUUUUUCACGCUUUUCCAUCACAUCGUAUGCGCGGGCUCUGAUCCCGAAGUGAAAUUGGGCAAACCCGCUCCCGACACGUUUUUGGUCUGCGCCUCUAGGUUCCCGGAUAAGCCUCAACCAGAAUGCUGCUUAGUCUUCGAAGACUCGGUCAAUGGUGUGAAAGGUGCUAUAGCGGCAGGGAUGCAGGUGGUAAUGGUUCCUGACGAAAGAGUACCUCAGGACCUGUGGAAGCUAGCUACGUUAAGGAUCGAUUCAUUAGAGUACAUGGCGCCAGAGCUGUUCGGGUUGCCCGCGUUUCCAAAAAAUUUAUAAUGUAAUUAAAAAGAUCCACAAACAAAAUAAAUGAACAAUUAAU